CUUCAAAGUAGUCCCCAAUUUCCCUAACUCUCGGUUCCCACAUAGUUAUUGGUUUUCUGUUUCCUUUGAGUCAUCAUCGAACUCCGUCCAUUCAUCUUGUUUAUAAGAACGGCUGAUUUGUGUUGUACGCCAAGAAAAGGAAUGUGGACCACCUUAUUCAAAUCACCACCAUCUCCCACCAGGAUGAAUCCACCUUCUUCACUUCACCUUGCUUUUUCAGAGUCAUCAAUGGAAGAAAAUAUUGAAUCUGCCGAAUUUAUCAUCACUAAAUGGGAUUCCUUGUCCGAUAACGAAGACUCCUUCUGUAACACGGCUUCUCCUUUCACCGAUGACAACAAGGAAGAAGCGAAACAGUAUUUGUCUUCCAUUAGGGGUCUGCAAAAAGCUAUGCACUACUUGGUUUCACAUCAAGCAAGUUCCGAGAAGCUUGACCGAGCUCACACACUGAUGCAAACCUCCAUGAAACGGCUCGAGAAUGAGUUUUACCGGAUUUUGAAGUCUAAUCGGUUUUAUCUUGAUCCGGAAUCCUGUUCUACUCUCUUGUCCUCUAUACGAUUGGCUCCCAGGUCAAGCUUUUCAGACUUGGAAAAAUACGAGUCUGAGAACGAGAUUGAGUCACUCCCAGAAGCCCAGCGAGUGUCGUUGGCUGCAAUAGAGGAUUUAAGAGCCAUUGCGGAGGUCAUGAUAAAAUCAGGGUACGCCAAGGAAUGUAUCAAAGUAUAUAAAAUUAUCCGGAAAUCGUUCGUCGAUGAAGCACUUAACAGUCUCGGAGUUGACAGGACUUUGAACUUACAGAAGAUUCGGAAGAUGGAUUGGGAAGUUUUGGAGAUUAAAAUCAAGAAUUGGACGUACGCUAUUAAAACGGCCGCUAAAACGCUGUUUUCCGGGGAGAGAAUUCUCAGCGAUAAAGUAUUCUCUAUUGCGCCUGCUAUGGGGGACUCUUGCUUGACGGAAAUCUCGAAAGAAGGAGCUUUUGCUCUGUUUGAGUUCCCAGAGAAUGUGGCCAAGUGCAAGAAAACUCCCGAGAAAAUGUUCUGUUUCUUGGAUUUAUAUGAAGCGGUUUCCAAUCAUUGGCCCGAGAUUGAAUCAAUGUUCAGCUCUGAAUCAGCUUCAACCGUCCGAUCAACCGCUAGUAACUCCUUAAUCAAGAUUGGUGACGCCGUUCGAACCAUGUUAACGAGCUUCGAAAAGGCAAUUCAAAAGGAUACGUCCAAAUCAACGGUUCCCGGAGGGGGGAUCCACCCUCUCACACGUUACGUAAUGAAUUACCUCUCUUUGCUUACCGAUUACAGCGAGAUUCUCCCCGUCAUCGUCGCAGAUUGGCCGUUAACGAUCCCGUCACCCUUACCGCAGCCCUUCUUUGGCAACCCCGACAGCGAGGAGAGCAUUUCAUCGCCGGUUUCAGUCCGGCUAGCUUGGCUUAUCCUCCUCUUGCUCUGUAAACUCGACGGGAAAGCUACGAUGUACAAGGACGUGGCGCUAUCUUAUUUGUUCUUGGCAAACAAUCUCCAGUACGUUGUCGGAAAAGUCCGUCAAUCGAAUCUGAAUAUUCUCCUCGGUGACGAGUGGGUGGCGAAGCAGGAACAGAAAGUUAGACAAUACGCUUCGAAUUACGUGAGAAUGGGAUGGAGCAAAGUGUUUGCGUCACUUCCCGAAAAUCCAACGGCUGAGAUCCCAAUCGAUCAAGUGAAAGAUCAUUUCAGAAAAUUUAAUUCGGCUUUUGAAGAGGCCUAUACGAAACAGACUUCUUGGGUCGUACCCGACCCAGGACUCCGAGACGAUAUAAAAAUCUCGUUGGCGAGGCGGAUAGUACCGAUCUACAAGGAGUUUUACGAGAAGUACGGAGGAAAGCACCUGAGGAAAGAAAUGUGGGCUGACUCACUUGUCAGAUACACCCAUGAUGAUUUGGGAAAUUACUGGUCGCAUUUGCUCAAUGGGAGCGCAAGUUCGGGGAAUGUUAUGUCAAGUUCAAGCCACGGUGGGCGGAGUCGUUGAACCGAUCCUAUUUUAGCGGAGAAAGAUUCACCGGCGACUUUGGUCUAUACAGGCUCCUGUACAAAGAGGUUUUUGUAAGAAACUGAUUGACACGUGUAUAAAGAAAAUCUUAAUUUAAUUCA